AUGAUAAGAGAUACCGAUAUUUCAGAUUCUGAAAGUAUCACUAAAAUCAAGGGAUUUGCGUACAUCAACAACUGUAGAGGCAGAAGCGCAUAUGACAUAACCUUGGAAACGAGUAUAUAUAUCGAUAGAGAAUGUACUGGUGAAGGUAUUGGGCGUAAAUUAUAUGAUCAUUUGAUUCUGGAGUCUAAAAAGAUUGGAAUUAAUUCCCUUAUUGUUGUUAUCUCUCUUCCAAAUGAAGCUAGCCAGAAGCUACACCGACAUUUUGAUUUCAAUUUGGUUGGUGUUUCAGGCAGGCAGGAAAAAAGUUCGAUAAACUAUGAAGCAGCGGCCUGUAUAUAA